AUGGAGAGUCCACGAAACAUCACAGAGUUUUUCAUCUUGGGACUCUCUCAAAACCCCCAGGUACAGAGAGUUUUAUUUGUCCUCUUUUCAAUCAUCUUUCUGGUAUCAGUUGGGGGCAACUUGCUGAUCAUGGUCACCAUCAUCCUCAGUCCCUCCUUGGGCUCCCCCAUGUACUUUUUCCUUUCGUAUUUGUCUUUCAUCGAUACUUGCUAUUCCUCGUGUAUGACGCCCAAGCUCAUUGCCGACUCCUUGUACGAAGGCAGAGCCAUUUCCUUUGAGGGCUGCCUGGCUCAGUUCUUCAUCGCCCACUUACUGGGAGGAACAGAGAUCAUCCUGCUCACCGUGAUGGCCUAUGACCGCUACGUGGCCAUCUGCAAGCCCCUGCACUACACGACCAUCAUGACCAGGCAAAUCUGCGCCCUGCUGGUGGGAGUGGCAUGGAUGGGGGGCCUCCUGCAUUCAGUGGUCCAGCUUUUCCUGGUCCUCCAGUUGCCCUUCUGUGGGCCCAACGUCAUCAAUCACUUCGUCUGUGACCUGUACCCCUUGCUGGAACUUGCCUGCACGGACACGUACGUCAUCGGCCUGCUGGUGGUGGCCAACAGUGGCGUGAUCUGCCUGCUGAACUUCCUCAUGCUGGCUGUCUCCUACGUCGUCAUCCUGCGCUCCCUGAGGUCCCACAGCGCAGAAGGGAGGCGCAAAGCCCUCUCCACCUGCGGGGCUCACUUCACCGUGGUGGCCUGUUUCUUUGUGCCUUGUAUAUUCAUUUACAUGAGGCCCUCAUCCACUUUGCCCAUGGACAAAAUAGUGGCUGUGUUUUAUUGCAUUUUGACGCCUAUGUUUAAUCCCCUGAUUUACACCCUGAGAAACGCAGAGGUGAAGAACGCCAUGAAGAAUCUCUGGAAAAAAGGAGAAGUUGGGGAUGGAAGACACAAGGCACGGUAG